AUGACUGAUUUUGUCUUAAUCCCGAGAAAUUAUUGGCGUCUUGCGGCUACACUGGCAUUGACUCUUGGGUUUCUUUUUGCUCUGGCUGAAUGGACAAGUCCUGACCCUAUACUCCUUGGUCGCUUGCCUGGUGGAUUCUCAAGGAAAGGGUCAGAUACAUCAGCAUCUAUUCAGGAUCAAGUAUAUGCAUUCUACAGACCUCUUGUCCACAAAAUCACGGAUCCAUCCUUCACCAAUGACGACAACGAAGUGUUUACUGUCGUAGGCGAGCCCCGAAUCAAGUCGCCGAUGGGAAAGAGGAUCAUCAUCCUCACUGUCGAUAGUCGGCCACGGGAUAAAGUUGGCGAGCUGCUCGCCAAAGGUCCUCUCAAAUUUGCUUCUGCUAGUCCAUCAGCUUUUGGUGCUCUAAACCAUUAUCUCUACGCUCUCAUUCACGGCUAUGAUUACCGUUACGUCCAGGCUCCCGAAUUUAAAGAUCGACAUGGCACAUGGGUGAAAGUUCCGGUUGUGCAAGAGGCGCUAUUGACACACGACGUAGCCGUCUUCAUGGAUGGGGAUGUUGGCGUGCAUUACCCCCAUGUACCACUGGAAUGGCUAAUGAACCACUGGAACAUCACGGACGAGACAAUCGUCGCUGCGCCGCUGGAUGUACAUCAAUUUGACAACUUCAACGAACGCGGCGAGCUCUCUCUAAACACGGGCUUUCUUCUCGGACAGGCUGGUCCACGCAGCCAAGAACUGUUUCAGGAAUGGCUUGACUGUCCUCUGGAGUUGACCGAUUUCUAUGCCAACUGCUCGCAAUGGGCGUACAAUUGGGCACACGAACAGGCGGCAUUCCGCGACUAUAUUCAUCACAAGUUCGCUCGCCCCGAAGAGGUUGUGACGAUUCCAUGCGGGGAAGCGAAUGGCUCGCCGGACAGUCCAGAUGGGAGUCAGCCCGGUGGUGAAGGCUCGAACUGCAGGGGACAGUUUGUCCGGCACUACUGGAUGGACAAGAGUUUGAUGAGGCGCGAGUUUACUGACUCUGUUAUGCCAUAUAUCGUCUCUCGCUUGCAUGAAAGCCUCAUGCAAGGGAGUCUGCAGUCUGGCGUUGUGUACGGUCAUGAACGGGAGUUGGGUAAACUAUUUGCUUGA